AUGAGGAGGAAGACUUUCUUCUCUCUUUUGUAUCUUGGAAUACCUUCUAAACAGCAGCUUCAACUCACCGUUUGCAGCUGCACAUUAGCAAUUGCUAAUUGCAACAAAAAUUUCUGUUUCAAAUUAUUAAAAAAUAUAAUUGUGCAAAUAUGUUUAAUAACAAUGUAUUGAAGUUUUCUUUGAUUUUCAUCAUUUCUUCAUUUUGGAGCGUGGAGUCCAAACGAAUCCCGAAAUGGCACUUAAAACUAGCCCAGAGUCAAGGACCAAACACGUGUGCUGUAGAAGAAGUUCCAGGUACAAAUAAGAAAUAUUGGACGGAAUGCAAGUACUGGAUGAACAGAGAAAUUUGUGGAGUCAAAACAGUUUUGAGAUACGAAUGCUGUGAGGGAUUUCAUCAAAUAGCAAGAAACGAAGGAUGCAAUGGAGUGAAACCUAUGACAGAUGUAGUACGAACAGCUCGGGAUAUAGGAGCUACAGUAUUCGUCGAUUAUCUGAACGAAGCAGGACUCACCGAUCAACUGAAAAGCCCCGGUGAAGCAAUUACUUUAUUUGCACCGACAAAUGUGGCUUUUGAGCGACUAAGUCCAGCUGAUCAGGAAACCCUUCGAGUAAGUCUUUUAGAACGUGAAUCGCCAUUUUUAUUGUAUCACGUGGUCAGCGGCAGAAAACUUCAUUCUAAAGAUUUCAAAGGUGAACAAGAAAUCGAAACCUUAAACAGAGGACAUAAACUGAGAAUCAACAAAUAUAAUCAUGGAAUGACUACAGUUAACUGUGCUCCAAUGGUCCGAAAAGAUCAGCAAGCCACUAAUGGCAUUGUUCAUCUAAUUGACGAGGUUCUCAUUCCUCCGUUUGGAGCUGGUGGUCGACCCUCCAUACCUGAAACGCUAUUCAGUGAUGGCCGCUUCAGAGAAAUGUCCAGAUUUAUGUUGACAUCCAAUUAUGUGAAUGACUUGCGCCAAGGUGGACCUUUCACUUUGCUAGCACCAACAGAUGAAGCUUUUCAGAGUAUUAGUGCUAGCGAACUAGAUAGAAUUACCAGUGAUCCGGAAGCUCGUUUGGCUCUGAUGAAAAACCAUAUAAUUCCACAUACUGUUUGCAUACCAGCUGUGAUUGACACUCACAAGAUGAAGAAUAUUGCUGGUCAAAAGCUGCAACUCUCCUGCAACCAGUCCGGCGUGUAUGUAGAGGAUGCAAAAGUGUCAAAAGAUCAAAUGAUGGCUAAGAAUGGAGCUAUAAGUGUUAUUUCAAAAGUACUGAUACCCGACAGAUCCCGUAGCGUGAUGUCUUUACUGGCAAGGCGUCCGGAACAAGUAUCGACAUUUACUCGUUUGCUGAGAAAAUCUGGCGUCGAAGCUUAUCUCAACAAACCCAAUAUCUCAGUUACUGUCUUUGCACCUUCCAAUUAUGCAUUCAAUCAAAUGCCAGAAGAAGAAUUUUCUUUACUGGAUGAAGAUCAGCGAAAACUUGAAGAACUAAUGAAGCACCAUGUAGUCAUAGGAAGAGUGAAAACAGAAAGUAUUUCAGAUAAUCAAAAUGUGGAUUCAAUUGAUGGUCGAAAUGCCCUCCGCUUGAAAGUAUACAGAAAAGAAGUAGGAGUGGAAUCUGCAAUUCUCGAAGAUUCUGAUAUCGAAGGUCAGAACGGCGUUCUUCAUAUUAUAAAUAGAGUAUUAACACCACCAAAUCACAGCGUCAUGGAAUUACUGCAAAGCAAGGUUGAAUAUAGCACGAUGGCUGAUGCUAUACACCAUGUGCAAGAAUAUGAACCUCAUUUCCUGAACACGAGGGGAAACAAAUCGUUCACAAUUUUCGUUCCCACCAAUGAUGCUUUUAUGCAAUUAGGAGAAGACAAUUUACAUUCACUGAUGAAAAAUCGGAGAAAAUUGAAAAAAAUGGUCCAAAACCAUGUGGUUGACAAUAUGUUUUCUGCUGGAUCAAUUCACCGCAAUUUACAAUACAAUGUUCGAACUGAAUAUCAAACUGUAAAUAUACAUAAAGAGAAAGAUGGACUCAUGGUGAAUAAAGCCCAUGUUAUUGAACCAGAUGUAGUAACAAAGGAAGGAAUAGUGCACUGCAUUGAUCAAGUAUUAAUACCAGAAAGGAGGCGAAAGUCAUGAUUUUAGAGCUUUAUCAUUUUCAUUCAUCAGUAAAUACUUAUUACUUCAUGAAAAGAAAAGGUUAAAUUUGUAUCAGUCAAAACAUGAUCCAUUUUAUAAAUCAUUACAUAAGGAUGACAAAACUAAUGCCCAUAACUGUCUGUAGGGAUUAUAGAACUUAGCAAAACAAAUGACUUACAUCAUACAAUUAGAGAGCAAAAUAGCGAGUCAAGAGUUGCCAGCUUGGUGAAAAUGGAAAAUAAAACGUAUAGAGUUUUCACAAUUGAUAACAAAUGUUCAAAUAAGCAAUAUAUUCUUCACCUAGACAUCAAUGGUUGAUAAAUUUUUGGUGAUUUACAGCUAUGAUGCGAGACAAUGUCCUCUGGUAGACCUCACGAAAAUUACGUUUUUUAAAUGCUUUUAGAGGGGGGAGAAAGCUAGACAAAAAGAGACCAGGAUAUUAAACUGGUCCACUGUGGCCAAUCUAUCUGUUUGUAAAGGCAGUGUUGAGGUAAUUUUGCACUAUCCUGGAGAAGCUCAUUCUUAGCUCUGACUCUUUAAUGUAUUGUCAAAGUUGGUUGCUUUAGCAAGUUCUAUCUCUCUUUACAGUUACCAGCAUUAGUUUUGUUGCACCCUUCAUAUAUUAAAAGGUAAAAUAAAGAAAACAAAAAAAUAUUGCACAUUGAUAUCGAAAAAAAACAUAGUAUAAGAGUAACAUAAGUUUUACCUCUUCCAUUGAUAAGUAUUUUGUCUCAUAAAUAAUGCCUUGUAUUGUUAAUAUUUGUUUUGAUCUGAACUAAUAUAUGUGUAGUAAUAGUACAUUUAUUUCAUUAAAAAUCAUAACAAAAUGUGUUUUAUGUUUUUGUCUAGUCUUGAUUGAAUGAUUUCUUCAAGUUAUACUCCUUAAAAUAUGUAAUCAAUUGAACAAAAAAAAAUAAAAGUUCUUUUACAGUUUA